CUAACUCCCAAGCACACACCUCCCCAACAAUGAGGAGCACCAGAUCGAACCUGCUGCUGGGCUGCGUGCUCCUCUGCUCCAUCUCCCUUCUCUACCUGGGGAUGAGUGGGGUAGACUGCCCUCCGAAAAGCCAUCGGCGCCGAUGGAUGGAGCUCACUCUGGGCUCAGGCAAUCAGAGCUUAUCCCUGGCUGAUCACUUCCCAGAAGACACACCCAUUAUCUUCAUUGGGGGCUUCCCCAGGAGCGGCACGACGCUGAUGCGCGUCAUGCUGGACGCCCACAAUGCCGUGCGGUGUGGAGAAGAGACCCGAGUGAUUCCCCGCCUCUUGACCAUGAGGGCCACUUGGAGCCGCUCAGUAAAGGAGAGAAUACGACUGGAUGAGGCCGGCGUCACUGACCACGUGUUGGACUCAGCUGUGCGAGCGUUCCUGUUGGAGGUGAUAGUUGGUCACGGGGAGCCUGCGCCUCGUCUUUGCAACAAGGACCCGUUUGCACUGAAGUCUCUGUCUUAUUUGGCUCACAUCUUCCCGAAAGGAAAGUUUGUGCUCAUGCUACGAGAUGGACGGGCCACUGUGCACUCAAUGAUAUCACGCAAGGUGACCAUCUCCGGUUUUGACCUGACCAGCUACAGGGACUGCCUAACAAAGUGGAGCAGUGCGGUGGAGACCAUGUUCAGCCAGUGCCAGGCAGUCGGAUACGCUAGGUGUCAGCCCAUCCGGUAUGAGCAGCUUGUCCUUCACCCAGAGGAGGAAAUGAGAAAGUUGCUCCACUUUCUGGAUUUGCAGUGGGACCCAUCGGUGCUGCACCACGAAGAGCUGAUUGGAAAGGCUGGUGGCGUUUCUCUAUCAAAGGUGGAGCGUUCGACAGACCAGGUGAUGAAGCCAGUGAACACAGAGGCACUGUCCAAGUGGGUGGGGCAAAUUCCCCCUGACGUGGUCAACGACAUGGCUGAAAUAGCUCCCAUGCUGGCUCGCCUGGGCUACGACCCCCAUGCCAACCCUCCCGACUACACAAAAACGGAGCCCCUGGCACCUGAGUUCAACUACUCACAUAAAGCGAAAUCAGCAGAUGUUCCUCACCCCAGCUAAGCAUGGCUGUGAUGUUCAGCGAUAUGGAUGCGCCGCAACGACAGACUUCAAGUUCUGGAGGAGCUACACCUGGCGGGAAAGAUUUAAGUGUUCCAUGUGUGUUUCUGAGUCGUUCAUAAGACUCGUGUGCGGUGUCCGUGUCUGUACACUGGCGGAGUGUUUAAGAUGCAGGCUUUUAACGUCUGGAGUGGACUACCUCCUCAGGGAAGUUCUGCUUCUUCGCCACUCAUCAUUCCACCCCUCCAGGUCGAAUCUGUGUUUCAGCUCGACCAUCAUGUCAGCUGUUAUGACCUCACCAUCACAAUGUGAAUCUGUCUUCAGACCAAUCCCUCACUCGCUGGGAGCUCAGUGUUUGUGAAGCAUAAUGACUGUAUAUUUUUUGAAGAUGUAUGUUUAUUUUCUUAAUAAAUUAUUUUGCUGUUGCCCAUUCAGGAAUUUCAGAACUGGAACAAUUUCUAAUUGUGGUAAAUUGUUGAGCAUUAUUAAAAAGAAAAUAAAUGUCA